GGAGCUGUGUCUUGAUCAGCACUGUUGAGGCUCAAUGAGUAUUUGCUGACUGGACUCAUUUCCUUGAUGAAAUCAGGUAGCGAACUGUGCAGGGUGAUCAUAGAGUUGUCUGCUAGCACCUGAUGUGAAUUAUUAAAAAGAAAAUGGCCCAACGGAGCACUGCAUUUCCUUCUCUCGUCACCGAGGAAAGGUAUAAUAUAUGGAAAAUAUGCAUCUAAGGCGAGUUAGAACCAUGCCCCGACACAGCCAGUCCCUGACCAUGGCACCCUACUCAUCUGUAAGCCUCGUGGAACAACUGGAAGAUAGGAUCCUCUGUCACGAGAAGACAACUGCUGCCCUCGUGGAGCACGCCUUCCGGAUUAAGGACGACAUCGUCAGCAGUUUGCAGAAAAUGCAGAACAAAGGGGGCGGUGACCGCUUGGCCAGGCUUUUCUUGGAGGAGCACAUCAGAAACAUAACUGCCAUCGUGAAGCAACUCAAUCGGGAUAUUGAGGUACUCCAGGAGCAGAUCCGGGCCCGGGACAACAUCAGCUACGGAACGAAUUCUGCCUUAAAGACUCUGGAGAUGCGUCAGCUCUCCGGUUUGGGAGACCUUCGGGGAAGAGUGGCAAGAUGUGACGCCAGCAUAGCCAGACUCUCUGCAGAGCACAAAACAACUUACGAGGGGCUCCAGCACUUGAACAAAGAACAGCAAGCUGCCAAACUUAUCUUGGAAACAAAAAUCAAAGAUGCAGAGGGACAGAUUUCUCAGCUUUUGAACAGAGUGGACUUGUCGAUAUCAGAGCAAAGCACCAAAUUGAAGAUGUCCCACAGAGACAGUAACCACCAGCUUCAACUUUUGGAUACAAAAUUUAAAGGUACGAUUGAGGAACUCAGUAAUGAGAUUUUAUCUGCACGGAAUUGGUUGCAACAGGAACAAGAACGGAUAGAGAAAGAACUUUUACAGAAAAUCGAUCAGCUUUCCUUGGUUGUUAAGGAAAACAGUGGAGCCAGUGAAAGGGACAUGGAGAAGAAGCUCAGCCAGAUGUCAGCCAGACUUGACAAAAUAGAAGAGAGUCAGAAGAAGAAUAUGGAAGUGCAGAGAACAAAACAAGAAGAGGAGAAAGUGCAUGGGCGCAUCAGCAAGUUGGAGUUACAGAUGAAUGAGGACAUGAAGGAAAUGAAAGCAGAAGUUGACGCUGGAUUUACAGCCAUCUAUGAAAGCAUAGGAUCCCUCAGGCAAGUUCUUGAAGCCAAGAUGAAGCUGGACAAGGACCAGCUGCAAAAGCAAAUCCAGCAGAUGCAGAAGCCAGAGGCUCCCAUGUGAAGGGAGCUGGGACAAGGACCUCACAAGUGGUUUUGCCAGUGGGCCGAGAACUGGAUACCUCCUUAGCUAGGCUGUCACCGCAUUCAGGAGUGUUCUAUUCAUGGCGUGCAUGUGCCAAGCAAUGUGUUUUCAUGGGUCUGAAUGUUUACCUUGAGUCUCAAAAACACUUUCUUUAAAAGUAUUAAGUACAAUUUUUACCACUCUAUUCCAUUUCUCUAAAUUCGAUGGAAUAUCCUCCCUGCCCCUAGAUUUGGAAAAGCUUUUAUCCCCUUCAUUUUAUGAAUGAAAAGACUUAACGACUUUCCUUCAAUGCUUGACGCUCUAGCCAAGACUUUACUAUUUUGAAAAAUGUCAUGGUGAUUUUUUUUUUAAUUAAGAAACUAAUGAAUUGUCACAGGAAUGUGUUGCUCCUCACCCUAAAUUAAGAGAAUGUCCUGGUAGAUUAGAAUUCAACCUUUUAGUCCAUAUUUGGAUUUUAUUAUUGUUAUCUGUGCAUUUCUUAGAUGGUUAUCUUGUAAAUCUUCUGUCUUUUGUAGGGAGAAGGGAUUUAACUUUUGGAAAACCACCCCCUGCCACCAUUUAUGUAAUGAAAAUAGCUUGAAGAUUGAUAACUUCCAUAUAUAUUGCAAAUUAAAAUGGAAACUUAAAACAGUUAUCUAGAUAAUGCAAGGCACCAUAUCCACAUCGACCACCUACUUAUACCAGGUUUUAAUAUUGAAAACUUUUUUCAAUUAUCCACAGCCUGUAUAGUGAUAGCCAUAUAUUUAAUAAUGGAAUGGUGGUUAAUAGUCUGUUUAUUGCACAAUUAAUUGUUUGUUAAUUAUAAUAGGAUGUGAGAAUUUUUCAGGCUUUAUGAUCUCCUCUCUAAAUGUUUCCAAAAUUGGCACAAAGUGCUAAGGUUUAUAUACACUUAUUGUAACUGUAUUCUUGUGCCUUGGUUUUACCAUGUCAAUGCACUGUAUUCUCUAAAAGUUUUACGGACAAAAUAGAAGGCAUGAUAAUACAUCAGAAUUAUGAUGUAAAAAUGGGAUCCUAUGUAAUUUUUAAAUGUUUAAAAAUUUUAUCACUGUUAAGACAUUAAUCAUUCAGUAGUAUUAAUGAAAUAGAAAUUCAUACUUUUGUAUGGACAGAGAAUCAAAUUGAUAUUGCAUUUAUAACACUGUCAAGAAACUUUCAUUUUGAGCAGCUUUGUAGAUGAUGGGUGUUUUCUUUUCAAUCGCCAUAUUUGAUUAGUCAUUGAAAAUUGGCACCAGUGAAAUUGUUCACCUGUGUUCGUACAAACCAAUGGUGAGACGCACACUGUUCUAAACUGUGAGGGUGCCCAGGAAAAGGAAAACAAUUCUUUAAAAUUUUUUUAAAAAUUGUUUUUUGUUUGCCAAGGACUCAGGAAAAUUAAAACAUUUUCUAUUUUUAGGAUAAAUCAUAAAUGAAAUAUGUAACUGGCUAUUACUGUUUACCCAUAUAAAAUAUGCUGCUAAAGUUCAUAGUAUAUUACCUUCAAUGGCUGGACAAAAAUUCUUUAAAAAUUUGGACCUGAGAAAUCAUAUAAGGAAUGUGUCAUCCAACACGUAGUUCCUUAAUUUUGUCACAAAUCUUUGCAUCAGUAUGUAGGAAGAUGAUUUCCACUUAACAAUGAAAAAACAAAGGUGAAUGCUCUUUUGCAAUCAGAAAGUGAAUUUCUUUUUUGUGAUAGAGUAAGCACAUCUAGGACAGUUUUCCCGGCUGAAGCACAAGCCACAGCACAGAGAGCUACGCCCCCUCCAGCGUCUCUCCUCUGUGGCCUCUGGAGGAGGAAGAGUCCGCACAUGGGACACGUGGGGAGAGGGGGAGCCAGGGGGCCAGCUGGACUCAGGUUGAGGGCUGACAUGAGCAGGUGACGGCUGGCUGUCCGCUGAAAUUGCUCAGGUGCUUCCAAUGCUGCCAACCUCGUGUCAUGAGCUCCAGCAAGGGUUCUCCACCCUGGCAACAUGCUGGAAUCGCCCAGGGCGUUCAAAAAGCUACUGAUGCCUGGGCUGCGCCCUAGGCCAGCCGAGCCAGAACCUCUGGGAGGUGGGACCCAGGCAUCCGUAGGCAUUGAAAGCGCCCGGGCGAUUCAGAGGCCACUCAGGUUGGAAGCCACUGAGCCACAGCGCACUCUUAUGACCAAAGUCUAAAUGAGGAUCAGCUUCCGUGUUCUUUCCUUUACCAGAAAUUUGCAAUAAAAGAAUAAAAUUUCCAAAUAAACAUGGUGUAUGAUUUUUAAAUUUAAAAGUAUUUUGGUGUGAGGCCACCUACUGGGAACUGGAAAGUCACAGGCAGCUGCUCCGCUUGGGGGUCUCCGAGGCCGCCGUGCCUUCUCGUGUCUGGACUCACGCCAGCUGGUGGUUGCUAGUGUGUGUUGUGUGCCUGUGCUGUGGACUUGGAGGUGUGUGUUCACUCAUUCAUGGCAGCAGCAAGGGCUGUUCGCUUUCCCGUUUCACAGAUGAGAAAAAUGGGAUCCAUGAUUCACACCAGGCAGACUGCUUCCACAGUCUGGGCACCUACCCGGUAUGCCGCUAUCCUACCUCUCAAGAUACAUCCUUGCUUCCCACGUAACUGACUCGCCAGGCCACCACCUGCAGCCCCAUCUCUACAGGACCUUACAGCUCCACCAUCGGAGUCCCUUUGCUUUUUAAUGUCCCAGUUCCAAACACCUACGAGGGAUAUCUCAGUAGCUUCACCUGAGUCAGAGGUCUUCCUCUGGUUUAUUGGUGGAGGCGAAGGAGGUGGGGCCAGUUGGUGCCACAGGACUGAGGGGUCCCAGGCAUUUCAAGCCCUGUGCUUGGUCUGUCCUAUGCAGUGGACUGCGGUUCUGUGCACUGGGAGAGGAGUUACGUUGGGUGAUUGCAGAGCAGAACAGAACGAUUCCCUCUAAACCAUGCUUAUCCCACUUGGCUCUCGGCCUGAAAAAAACCCGCACACCACUCAUGACAUCCUAGAAACUCAAUGGUAACUAGAUGGAGUUCUUCUGUCACUGUCCUCUUCUAGCUGUGUGACCUCGGGCAGUUCUCCUAACCUUUCUGAAUCUCGGUUUUCUCAUCUGCACAAUGGAAGUUAUAAUUGUUUAAAAGAGGCAGCUAGGUUACAAUUUUUGAAAUGCUGAAGUACUUAAUACAAUAUUGGGUAUUAGGUGGUCAA